CCUAGGGUUUUCCGUGCCGCCAGCCCCUUAACCCUCGUCCCUCUCGCGCAGCCACAGCCUCCUCCUUUUCCACCACCUCCACAUCUUCCCCGGCGGCGGCGCGGCCAGCUUCAACCAUGGCGGACUCCAAGGCCACCUCGGCGGUCACCCUCCGCACCCGCAAGUUCAUGACCAACCGCCUCCUCGCCCGCAAGCAAUUCGUGCUUGAGGUGAUCCACCCCGGCCGUGCCAACGUCUCCAAGGCGGAGUUGAAGGAGAGGCUUGCCAAGGUGUACGAGGUGAAGGACCCCAACACCAUCUUCGUCUUCAAGUUCCGCACCCACUUCGGAGGAGGCAAGUCCACUGGCUUCGGCCUCAUCUAUGACAACCUCGAGGCUGCCAAGAAGUUCGAGCCCAAAUACCGCCUCAUCAGGAAUGGUCUUGCUACUAAGGUUGAGAAGUCCCGCAAGCAAAUGAAAGAGCGGAAGAACAGGGCCAAGAAGAUCCGUGGUGUCAAGAAGACCAAGGCUGGUGAUGCCAAGAAGAAGUAAACAUUCAUUUACAUCUGUAAUACUGUUCUGGACUCUGGGUGGUCUAGUUGCAAUGUCAUAAUUGUGGUCGUGUUAGAUUUUGUUCCACCCUCAGCACUGAAGUGAAGUUUUGUAAUUCCUGGUUGUGAACCUACCGAGAUUGGCUGUAGCAUGUUAUGAGAUGAGAAGGUUAUUAACUUGCAAGCCAACCUAUUUUGUCACGCACUUGUGUGAUUUCCUCACC